CUCAAGUUGUAGAGCUUGGGACUGGGUGUUCACGAGAUCAGCGUACAAUCCAUUCUUGGUGAGAAGCUCGGAAUGAGUACCAGAUUCAGUGACUUGGCCCUUGUCUAAAACCACGAUAAGAUCAGCAUUUUGAAUGGUUGAGAGGCGAUGAGCAAUCACAAUAGUUGUGCGAUCAGUACGUGCACAAGCAUUAUCGAGAGCAUUCUGGACAACUUUCUCACUCUCAGAGUCCAGGGCAGAGGUGGCUUCGUCCAGAAGGAGGAUUUUAGGAUUUCUGAGGAGAGCUCGAGCAAUGGCCACACGUUGCUUCUGUCCUGGAUCGGUUCGCCAUGAAGAGGUUCUACGAUAGCAAGUGUGGGGGCGUGACCCAACCCUCCCAGAGGAAGUACGUUCACUACUUUGCUGACCUACUAGCCGGGAAGAUCGACCUCCAAUCACCGCCCGUGACCCUCCAGCAUCUCAUCAUCCACGGUAUACCCAACUUUGACGGCAAGGGAGGGUUUCGACCGUUCCUCAAGAUCUACGACAACAUGGACCUCGUUUACACCUCUGGACUAUAUCUUUGCCAGGCGGACAAGGAGAGAGUGAAGAUAUCCAUAUACGGAGGACUGAGUCUAAAAGGAGAAGUCUUGAUCAAAUGCUUCCACAAAAAGUCCCACGGAAUGGAGAUAAUCUUUCGCUGUCAGUUCCACUCGGCAGUGGUGGGAGAGAACCUCCGGAUGGUGUACAGCAAGGCAGAUCUGGACGAUGCUUUCAAAGACAAGAGAUUUGAUGAUAGUACCCGGGUGGAGCUCAUCUUCGACAAUGCAGAGGACCAGUAUCCUGAUGAUGUACCAUUUGCUGAUGUCCGUUCCUCUCUUCUUGACGGCAAACAGCUGACAGUCAACAAUGGGACGGCGACCAAUGGGAACAUUGGGUUGGACGAUGACGUGUUGGCAAAGAGGAACUCGUACGCUUCGUUCAGAGGAGGCUAUGACAGCGGGAUGCCGGGAGACGACCCGCCCAACCUUAUGGAUUUGGAGUCCCCAAAGAUAAAGUACCCCCAACUUCGUCGUGAGAGGGCAGAGAGUGAAAUCAGUGCUCAAAUGGACCCCGACGAUAUAGACCAUUUCACACAUCCCCAAUCUUCAGAGUUAUACACAGUCGUCCAAAAAUCAGUCAAAGACAAGACAAAACGAGAUGAAGUAAUUGCUCAACCAGAAGAAAAGCCACCUCCUCCACCAAAGAAAAUCCUAAAGCCACACAAAGCUACUUCGAAUGACUCUCUUUUCAGUCUUCUCGAUAGAAGUGAUAGAAGAGUUCCUGACUCGUCUCCAUCCACUCCAAACCUAGGGGUUGUGAAGACAGUCAAGCCACCCAGACCCCCACCCCCCUCUGGGGAGCGUAAAGCCGGCAGCCAGUUGGUCCAUCGUCCUCUACCCAGGAUACCCCCUUCAAGAUCCCUGGACUCUCAAACACCCACUGAUGAAGACUAUGCCGAGAUAGACGAUGACACACCCACCACCCUCGCAACUGAGGGGACAGAUGGUCCGGGGCUUUCCAAAACCAAACCAACCAAAUCGUCCCCUGACCACACCCCUGUCAUAAAGCCACGCCCACAACGGCCCACCCCUCGUACUAAACCGGUGUUUAAACCCAAACCAACAGACGAUAAAAUUGGCUCUGUGCACGAAGAACUGCAGAAACAAAUACUAAAACAGCAUCUUCAACGAAAGCGUGAGAGUGCCAAUUUAGAAUCAAGAGGGGAGGCUACAAAGACAAAAAAGAUAACCAAGCCAUCAGAAACGCCAUCAAAAGCGGAAAAGAAAACAGCAAAACCUUCAGCCCACCCUCUAAGUGUCUUAAAACACCAACCAUCGUAUGAUGAGAUUCCGCUCAAUCAAGAAAUCUCAGUUGAGCAUUUGCCUAACAGACAGUCCGCUGUGGACAAUGACAUGUGGGCUAAAGUGAAGUUCCCUGAUGUUCCUGUUCCACUCAACUCUGACAGUAUCGGGCGUCGGUCUUCAAGUUCUGGGAAUCUGACCAUGACGAGUAAUUCUGGUUCUGAUUUCUAUUCUAACCUGGCGGACCUGGACAUAACCCCCGGAGCAGAGGGUACCAGUGAAGAGAGGGAGAGGGCCGAGUCUAUUCAGAGGAGCAGGUCGUUCUCAAAUCAUGAGAGGGUCUUUAUCAAGGCUACCAAUGCUAACAGUUCUUAGAGAUGCAAGCACUGAAGACUGAUUAUGAGAAACUGCUAGAAGAACAAAAACAGCUUACUGAGAGGUACCAGUCCAAAAACAUUGUGGCUCGAUUGAAGACACUGACGCAGGAAGCAGAAACUGAAUCAGAGGUCAUUGCAGAAGAUUUUCUAGACAACAAGUUGUCUCUUGCAGAGUUCAAACAAAAGUACAAGCAACAGCGAGUGCUACACCAUGAGCGAAAAUCAAAGCAUGAAAAACUAUCUUAUUCUAACUCGUCCUCACGAAGAGAUACUCACUAUACCUAGUAUGAUUAUGUGUGUGCUUAUUAUACUAGCUGAAGUGCUGCAUAUAACGUAAUAGUCAGCUCAUUUGCACAUUACUUUUUUAUGUCAUUGAUUUGAAAAUUAUAAUUGUCAUCAUAAUCA